GCUCUUAUCGUUCACUUAAAAGAGCCGGCUCUUUGAACCGACUCGUUCGCGACCGACACAUCACUACAAGCCACAGGUUGCCAGUUAUUUAUCGCUAGCUUUAGAAAUAGCGGGUGUUUUACCGGCUGCUUAUGCAAACACACAACUCAGUUUUAAUUUACAGAUCAUAAAAGUUAAAGUCCAAUAAGUUUACUAAGAGAGUAUCGAGCAGAACACCGUGUUAUCUGAGCUCGACAGGUCAGGUCUGAGUGCUGCUGAAGGCGCCCUGUUUGACAGUUAGUUCACUAACUAUGGAGGAAACGUUACUGAGCAGCGGGAAGGCUUCACUCUCUCUCUGACUACAUCAGCUGUUUUAGCCCACAAUGGCUUCUGUUAUGGAGGAUCCAACCCUAGAGAGACACUUCAAGGGGCAUAAAGAUGCUGUCACCUGUACAGACUUCAAUCCAAACUGCAAACAACUGGCCUCGGGGUCAGUGGAUAAGAGUCUGAUGAUCUGGAAUCUGGCUCCAAAGGGGAGAGCUUUCCGCUAUGUUGACCACCAAGACGUCAUCACUGGGGUGCAGUUCUCCCCCUCUGGUAACCUGGUGGCAACUUCCUCCAAGGACAGAACGGUCCGACUGUGGACACCUUCCAUGAAAGGAGAGUCAACCGUGUUCAAAGCCCACACGGCCGCUGUACGCAGUGUUGCUUUCUCCCCCGAUGGCCAGAGACUGGUGACGGCGUCUGACGACAAGUCUGUCAAAGUGUGGAGCGUUCACCGGCAGUGCUUCGUCUACUCUCUCAACCAGCACACCAACUGGGUGCGCUGUGCCAGGUUUUCUCCAGACGGGCGGCUGAUAGCGUCCUGUGGAGACGACCGCAGCGUCCGGCUGUGGGACACGUCCACCAAACACUGCAUCAACUGUUUCACUGACUAUGGAGGAUCAGCAACGUUUGUUGGCUUCAACUCCAGUGGCACCUGUAUCGCGUCCUCGGGAGCCGACAGUUCACUGAAAAUCUGGGAUCUACGGACAAACAAGUUGAUUCAGCAUUAUCAAGUCCACAGUGCAGGAAUCAACAGCUUUUCCUUCCACCCGUCCAACAACUACCUGAUCAGUGGCUCCAGUGACAGCACUGUUAAGAUCCUGGACCUGCUGGAGGGACGUCUCAUCUACACCCUGCAUGGACACAAGGGCGUUGUAAUCACAGUAGCCUUUUCCAGGGCAGGAGACCUCUUUGCCUCGGGGGGAGCUGAUGGUCAGGUGCUGAUGUGGAGGACAAACUUUGAUACCAAAUGCUACCAGGAGGUCCUGCAGCAACACAGCCGGAGGUCCACCCCGGAUCCCCUGCCCCACGUGAGUGACAUCCACCCCAGAGGACCUCACCUUCACCGUCCGCAGCCCACAGCCAUUCAGAUCAGUCCAACAGUGGCAGACACUCAGUCCACUGAUCCGCACGUCAUAGAGUUGGGCCAAUCUGUCCACAGCACCACGCUCUUAAACGGUCAAACACACUUGACGUCCACGCAGGCCGGCGCCAACAGCCACCACUCCAACGGUUUGCCGGCGCGUCACGUGGCCAGUUCAAGAGUGGGAGGAUGGAUGGGAGACGAAAGUGCCAGCGGGGCAGGUGCGGCUGUUUGGAGCCAGACUGGGAACGGCGGGGGAGGAAGAAGAAGGAGAGAGGAGGAGGAGGAGGAAGAGGAGAGAGGGCAGACGCACCCACUGGAAGUUCUCUCCGGGCAUCCAUCGAGUCUGGACUCGACGCUGAGGCACAUUGUUCAACAGUUGGAUAUUCUCACGCAGACUGUUUCAGUGCUGGAGGAGCGUCUCACCCUGACCGAGGACAAGCUGAAGGAGUGUCUCUUCAACCAAUCCCAGAUCCUCAAGGACGUGCGAUCGAGGCGGAGGACGGAGAGCGAGGAGACGGACGGAUCACCUGUUCAUUUCACUUGAGGACGACCUCACCCUCCGUCACACCGCAGCACAACACACACAGACUGAGUUGCACUGCUUAACUCCCACGACUGCUGGACAUGGGUGUGUGUGUUGUGUCUAUGUACAUAUAUGUGUGUCUGAGUGUGAUUGUAAAUGUCCACCUUGGUGGUCUCUCUCAGGGGUCAGUGGGUUAAUCAGGAUUUGAGCUGUGGUGUGUGUGUGUGUGUGUGUGUGUGUGUGUGUGUGUGUGUGUGUGUGUGUGUGUGUGUGUGUGUGUGUGUGUGUGUGUGUGUGUGUGUGUGUGUGUGUGUGUGUGUGCGUGCGUGCGCGUGCGUGCGUGUGUGUGUGUGUGUAAUACCAACAUAUUUUCUACAUGUCUUUCUUCACCUCUUAAGGAUAUCCAGCUGUACAGCCAAGCGCAGUCUGGCUGGGACAUUCCAUGUGUGUGUGUUUGUGUGUGUGUGUGUGUGUGUGUGUGUGUGUGUGUUGAUAUGGAUGUUACAUCCAAUCUGGACAGCUGCAGCUAUGAAAACAGACGGUGCUUGUCUGCUGUAUGACCUCGCUCUCUGUGUGUGUGUGUGUGUGUGUGUGUUUACGUGUGUAUAUGUGUGUAUUAGCUCAUGUUUUAGCAGUUGGUGUCUUCUGCAAUUACAUAUUUCAUUGUAAUCUUGUUUGCAUCUUUUUUUUACAUUUUAAAACCCGACUCAUAUAUAAUUUAUAUGAUUAAAUGAUAUUCUAUAUUGCACUGAUGUUAUUAGUAUUGUCUGUAUAUAUGUCCAGAAAAAUAAAAAAUAAACUCUUA